AUGCAGUGGCGACGAGCCCUGGGCGUGGCGCUGGCGCUGGCGGCGCUGGGGCGUUCCUGGAUGGAGAUCGCUCCGGCGCGCUUCUCGGAGCAUGCGAACUGGCUGAUCCCCCAGCGGUUGAUGGUAGGUCGGUAUCCCUAUGUGAGUCCGGUCUACUGCCCAUCGGAAGCCGAAGCCAAAGAUCAGCUUCAAAGCUUGCUGCAGGCUGGGAUCACCACCUUUGUUUGCCUGCAGUCGGAGCUGCCCGAACAGUUCGCCCCCUGGCCUCGCGGUGGAAUUCACGUGCCGGGCUUCGCUGGUGCCUUCCAGCCAUAUGGCGCGCGGGCGCAACAGCUGGCGUUGAGGACCGAGCUGCACUUCUUGCACAACCCCAUUGCAGACCUGGGCACCCCAGGACUCUCGGAGCUUUCCACCUUGGUCGGCGACCUGAAAGAGCGCUUGCUCAGCGACCAGCGGGUCUACGUGCAUUGCUGGGGCGGCCGCGGCCGGAGCGGUGUGGUCGCAGCUUGCCUGUUGGGAGCUUUGCACCCAGAGCUUUCUGCUGAUGAGGCUUUGCAGCUGGUGCAAGUGGGAUACACUUCCAGGUUGGAACAACGCUUGGGGCACCUCACCGGCCAGGUGGAGGAUGUGACCAGAUUACAAUCCCAACUCCAAGCGGACGUCCAGUCACUGGCCUCCAAAGUGCCUCGUCAGCCAGAGGCCGACUAUGAGUCAGCCUUGAGGAAGCUCACGAGCAACAUGGAGGACAUCCGUUCCCUCAUGGCUUCUCCGGUGCAGACCUCGCCGCGGAGAAGUAGUCAAGCCAGCAGCCCACCUCCAGGACAUAUGUCCACCAUUGCCACCUCCCCGAGGACUUGGUCUGAGCCUUUGCCAAGUGUGACUUGCCGAACGUGUCAAAGCACCUUCCCCCCUGACGCCAACUUCUGCCGGAAGUGCGGCUGCUCCCGGCGGAGCGCACUCGGGCCGGUUCCGCCGGGCGAGCGCGGCGAGCGCGAGCGGUCUCCAAGCUCACAGGCGGGCUUCAAGAUCGCUGACCUGGUGGCUGCAGGUGCUUCGGUGAAGAACCUCCGCAACGCCGGGUUCACCGACACUGCUUCUGUCGCAGCGCUCCGGAAAUUGCGGGUCGCGGGACUGAAAGGCUACUCCUCCGCGGAGCUCCGCUUGGCCGGCUUCUCCAGCGCACGGUUUCCUCCCGGGCCUCGGGACGCUCCGAAUCUUCGGUUCUUCGGACCCUCCGACAUCACCGUCCGAAUGGUCCCAUGGAUGGCACGUCUUGACGACCUCUACCUCACAGGAGAGCAUUGCUGCCUUGGAGAAGCCUCCUGUCCGUACUUGCGCGUGGUGUGCGGUGGUGCUGAAGCAAAUGGAGUCUCCAAUGGUUCCCUUUGUUUGGCGGAUUCUGGCAAGACCAUGAUUGAUUCAUACCGGGCGGAUCCGUCAUGUGACGAGUCGAUGUCGAAGUCCCUGCCAGAUUUGCACGGAGAGUCCGUCUACCGGAGUGGCGGCUUCUUCAAGCUCAACCGGCAGACCAAGCUCCGGCAGAUCGACCUGCAGGACUAUCGAGGCACUCACGACUUUGCAGAUCAAGAUGAGGUGGAGCGAGAUGAGCGCCGUAAGCGAGGAUUGUAUGGCCUGAGCAACAGUGAAAAGGCCUGCUUUACACGCUUCGUGCGGCCUGACCAGAGCACGCUGGAGCGGAUCAACUCAAAGGAGGAGCGGCGCCGCAGCAAGUCGCAGCGCUCGGAGAUCUCCGUGGCGGAGCUCUCGGAGGUCGCCAAGUCCGAACGCUCGGAGGGCAGCCCCAAAAACCGGCGACGGCUGGCUGUGCUGCUUGGAAAGCAAGCACUCACGGACUUGGAGAUCACUGAGGAGUCGGUGCAUCGCAUCUUACGCGUUUUGUUCCCCUCGAAUCCCUCCUCCAUGGCACGAGUGGGCAGCAGCUAUAGACGGCAGCGGGGCAACAAGGUCUUGGCCUUUCAAAACUCAGCCUUUUCGCAGAGUGUCCCAUUGCUGCCUUCCAUUGGGUCGGAGGAGAAGCCGUCCUUGCGACGGAGUAUCAGUAGCUCGAUCAAGCCGUUGAAGAUUGGCAUUGAGCCAAAAGCGGAGAAGGUGCAAGUACCAUCGCCACGGACAGCUCUUGAUCAAUCACUGAGACGGAUUUGCCCUGGCGCCGAUGCAAGCCAGGUGAAGAAGAUGGGGGAUUUGCUGAAGCGGGAGCUGACCAUGAGAAGCGCUGAGACAUCCAGCGAGGCACACAACGGACCACGCCGCCAGCCGCUCUACACCACGCCCAACGCGGCGGGCAGCAAGAGCAUGGCCAAAGAUACGCUGAGCUCCUCGAAGUUGGAGUCCAGCUUGGCGGGUGAGGUCUGGGAUAGCCACGAGGAGAAGAGCGACAAGCCCCGGGUCUUCCACAGGAUGCGGAAUGCGGCCUUCUUGGUGAGCAAAAUCGGAGAGAUCACCGCAGAAAUCUCCAAGGAGACCGCGCAAAUCCGAAAGCAGCACCUCAAACAGUCCACUGCACCAGUCCCAGAUGAUUGCAACUUCUCCCUGCGAAAAUUCCGGAAGAGGCUGUUGGGCAAGCACCAAUGCCUGGCGGAUGCCUUCCGGGUUCUGGAUUUGAAUGUGAAUGAGAAGAUCGGCCCCCAGGAGUGGGGUGCCAUGUUCCGCGGCUCUGGCUUGGCAACGUUUCGAGAGGCUCGGAUGAGCUUUGAGCUCUUAGACCUGAACCGUGAUGGCAGUGUGACCCUCGCUGAGUUCCAGGCGGCGUUGGAAGGAGUAGCGGAGAUUCAAGGUAUCGAUGGACUGAGGAAACGCCUGGUGUCCUUUGGAUACUCCAAGACCAUGCAGGUCCUGGAGGUCAUCGAAGCCAGUGGCGUGGAUCCUUCACGGCUUUUGAGCUUGGAGGAGUUUUCCAUCGCCUUAUGCCGGAUCCAUGUGGUGGAGCCCUCCGAGCAUCAAGUGAUCUUCGACAAUGUGAGAGACCGAGGAGAUCCACAGAGCAAGGCGUCGAUCAAUGAGCUCAUGUCCGCGCUCGGCAGCGUGGGCCCUUGGAUGCUCCUGGAAGACCUGGCGGAUCGAGCCCGUCAGAAGUGGGGCUCCGUUGAGGCCACAUGGGCAGGCCUUGGACCUGCCUCUGGGGAGACGAUCAGCCUGCAGGUCUUUGAGAAGAAGCUGGAAAAGCUGGGAUUGAACCCCACCGCAGCCCAGAAGGCCAGCCGUAUUCUGGAUGUAGACGCUGGUGGCGAGUUGUCGCGAUCAGAGCUGCUCUCCGCGAUGGCGCUCUCUCGGCCGACGCUGCACAUGGAGGACUUCAGAAGAAAGGUACAACAGCGCUACAGGAGCAUAGAGGCCAUUUUCAGGGAGUCCUUUGAGCAUAUGGAGGAUGAGGAGCUCAACAAUGAUGAUGACAUGCGGUUAAGUUGUGACGAGUUUUCUGAGAUCUUGGAAGCCUUGGACUUCAGCAGGCGCGAGACGAGCUAUCUCUUCUGGUUGGCUGAUGCCAACGGCGCCCAGCGGCUGACGCUCUAUGAGUUCUUCCGAGGUGUGAAACUUUUUGUUCCCAGUUGCAUGGUGGAAGGGCUGCGACUUCAGGCCCUAGCUCGCCAUGCGCGGAUCUCCGAUCUCUUCCGGGGCUGCGGUGUCUCAUGGGAGAAGAGGUUGAGCUUCAAGGCCUUCUCGAACCUUUUGGAGAAGUUGCAGAUCAAGUGUGAGGAGCCACGGGAUGCCUUCGAUUUCUUGGACGUGCGCAGUUGCGGCACGAUCUCCUUGAGGGAAGUAGUGGCGACACUACAAAAUGUGAUGCCCGGAACAAAGGAACGCUCCAGCCUUUGGGAGUGCGACCGAAAGGCGGAGAAGGACGUGCGCGCAUAUCUGGCACCACUCCAUCGGACGGUGACGCAACUGAAGACCACCAUGAAACAGGACAUCGAAGAGGAUGCGCCGCCCUCGCCCGUGAUCUAUACAGCAUCCCCAAGGACGGAUCGCCGACGCAGCAGUCUGAACGGCACUCGACUGGCUUUGGCCAAGACAGAGCUGGGAUUUGCUUUGGCGCAGGAAACCUUUCAAAGGAUCAGCGGCGACACAUCACCGGAGGCGCAUCAAAGAUCGAUGCCCAGCGCCACCGAUUUCUGUGGACAACGCACAGUGGAUGGGCUUUGUGGCUACUUCCGGUCGAGCAGCGAUGUGAUGGAGGUCCAUGGGAAGUUGCUCUCGCAUCAUUACAGCAGGACUGAUUGGCAUAAGCGGCACACAAGAAUGAAAGCCGUUUUGGAGCGAAAUCUUUGA